GAAGGGAUUCAAAGUUGCACAACGAUACGUUACAUGAGCGAGGAGUAGGUUCACUUUUACCUAACAUUGCGUCAAGUAAGAUGCCCAUUUUCCCAAGAUGUCUUCAGCAAUAGGAAGACUAUUCAGUGGUCUGACACGAGUGGCUUUCAGUCGAGGAAUAUCUAAAAACAACAUUUCAAUUAUCUUGAGGCUUAACAGUACGCGUUCUCUAGCUGUGAGCUCUCAUUUGUCAGCCAGAUCAAAUACUCCCAAAGAAGAUGAAGAGGUGAACAGUGAGCCCAUCAAGUUCUCCACCAGUAUGGCCAGUCACAAGACCUGGAAAGUGGAUCGCUCAAUGGGGAGCCAUUAUGAGCGACCUUUGUGGAAGGUACUCCCCAUAAGCUUGGUUUGCACUGCCUUCCUGUUGUGGUGUGUGCUGAGAGAAGAGACAGACAUUGAUGCACAGUUGGAGAAGCAGCUGUUUGAGCAAUUACCUGGUUUGAUUUCAGAUGAAGAGCUGGAUAAAAUUCAAGAGAAAUAAUGCAGCACGUGUAAUUUUGGUAUUUAUUUUUGAAACAUGACUUUGUUUUUGACACUGUAGUAAUGACACCAUCCAUUGCUUUAAAGAAAAAGAUUGUAGGCCAUGUAUUAUUUUUAGUCUAGAUCAAUAUGGAUUAAAAUGCCUUUGUUCAAUUAAA